GGUAGUUGCUGCAAGGCAAGCUCCAAGCAGUAACGGGGGAAAGAGUCCACGAAGUGCCGAGUCAGGUGUCUUGAGACGCAGUCUGCGCAACAAGAAGGAAACUGGUGUCACCGAAGAGGAGAUGACGUCGACACCUAUGGUCAAUUAAGGCUCAGCUUUCAAUGGUCACUGGGGUUGGUCACUGAGAUCGAAGAGGCGACCCCUUGAGAGAACAGGGGAAAACGAAGGGAAAGGGGAGAGCUUUGAAGGGGGGCCCCUUCCGUUCAGAGUCAGUGACCAUUGAAGGCUGAGUUUUAAGUCAAGCAAAUAGUUCAAGCAGAUCCCAGCUUCGAUCUGCGUCUCUCGUCACUGCGCGGUAGCGGUUUGUUGCGGGAGAAAAUUUUAGCCGGAGAACGUCAUGAACUGCCGCAAGGUUCUAUGCGGGGCAGC